CACACCAAUAGUUCCACUUUCCAUAUAUAUUAUAAUUCUCUUUGCUCUUUGAGUUCCACUCAAAGUUUUCUUUGCACAGCUUCGUAAAGCGUAAAAGGAAAAGUUUGAGUCCUAGAUAAAGUGUAUAUAUUGUUUAAUAUGUUUAUUAUUGCUCUGGUUAUCAUCGCAAUAAUAUGUAUGGUUUUUCUAACCAUACAUUUUCUGAUAGAUAAGAAAGUUGUGUAUAAAAGUUUGAAGGAAAGACAUGUUGUUAUCACCGGUGGCUCGAGCGGUAUAGGAAAAGCCGCCGCAAUUGAAUCCGCUAAAUUAGGAGCUCAUGUAACGAUUAUAGGACGUGAUCUAAACAGACUCCAGUUGGCGGUCAAGGAAAUAUCUGAACAAUGUUUAGAUCAAGCUCAAAUCAUACAAUACAGUGUAUUGGACGUUACAUCAGAUUAUAAGACUAUAGAAAGCAGUUUAUCGUCUAUAGAAUUUAAAGCUGGCCCAAUCUUUAUGCUUGUAAAUUGUGCUGGCAUGUGUAUUUGUGGCCAAUUCGAGAAAAUGGAAGUUGAUGACAUAAAAAAGAUGAUAGACUUGAAUUAUUUCGGUACAGCUUAUCCAACAAAAUAUGUUUUACCUGGAAUGAAGGCCAGGAAUGAAGGGAUUGUUGUUUUUGUCAGUUCAGAAGCUGCUUUCGUUGGUAUUUAUGGCUAUAGUGCAUACACUGCUGGCAAGUGGGCUGUACGAGGGCUGGCUGAGGCAUUGAACAUGGAACUUAUUGGGACAAAAGUUAGACUGAUGCUAGCGUUCCCACCAGACACAGAUACACCUGGUUUUAAGAAUGAGGAUCUGACAAAACCUGAUGAAACUAAACUGAUAUCGGGCAGCGGUGGUUUGCACAGCCCUGAUGCUGUUGGGAAGCAGAUGAUUCAUGAUGCAUUGGUUGGGAAAACAUAUUCUGUAUAUAGUCUUACAGGAAAUCUGUUGACAACACUAUGUAGCAUAUCAAUAGAGAGUGCACAGCAAGUGAUAGUACAAGUGAUGUCUAUGGGAAUUUUAAGAAUUUUAACUGUUGGAAUUCUCUUUUCUUUCCAUAAAAUUGUUAGAGAUGGUUUGAAGAUAAAAAAUGACAAAGAAAGUCAGAAAACCAAAUAAAUUUUAUCAAAAGUACAAACCAUUGGUCAUAAAGAAGUUUUAGGUCAGCCCCAAUCAUUGUAAUAAGGUGUAUAUGACCACAUAUUGUAUAAUGUACUUCCAUUUUUUGCAUUUAUUUCUGUUAUGUAAUUACUAAUUUAAUUAUGUGUUUUUAUAAGUAAGCAGUCAAACAAGCUAUAUCUUAAAAUUAUGCAGCAUCAUGCUUGACUCACAUGUUUUUUACAAACUAAAAUAUUUAUCAAUUUAUUUUUAUUAAAUAAGUGUUGUUUUACAAUAAGCAUAAUAAAUUUAUACAUGUUUUGUA